GUUUCCCAGGACAGCCAUGGAUUACAGCGACGCUUGGAUAACCGCCAAAUCCAGCUGAUCGCCAUCGGGGGUUCAAUUGGCACGCGGUGUUCGUGAGCAUCGGCAGCGCUCUCACCAAAUCCGGCCCCGGCAGUUUACUGCUCGCGUACAUCAUCUACAGCUGUAUGUUCUCGCUCGUGAACAACUUUAUCGCGGAGAUGUCCACCUACAUGCCUGUCAGUGGGGGAUUCAUCCGGCUGGCUGGUGGGUGGGCGGACGACGCAUUCGGGUUUUAUGGCUGGAUGGAACUUCUUCUUCUAUGAAGCGCUGCUGAUCCCGUUCGAGAUCACUGCGUUGACGCAGGUGUUGGCCUUCUGGAGUGAUCACCUCCCAACGGCUGCGAUGUGCGUGGCCUGCAUCGUACUCCAUGGUAAGACCACAAUACUCCCACGUGCGUGGGGCCCGAGUAUAUUUCGAUGGUGGCGGCCGAGAGCAAGCACUCGCGACGGUAUAUCAAGAACGUUUUUUCAUUGGCAGCGCGCUCUGCGUUGGGGUGGUUGUCGCCUAUAGCGACGCCUCCUCGUGGCCAUCACCUCGGGCGCCACCGCCGGCGCUGGGUCCGCCUCCGCCUCGCCGUCUGUGAUCGCAAUGGGCAACCUAGGCAUCACUGUGCUGCCUCACAUCGUCAACGCGCUGCUCGUCACCAGCAUCUUUUCUGCCGGCAACACAUACACAUACGCCGCGACGCGGGUACUCUACGGGCUAGCCGUCGAAAGCCGGGCGCCGCGAAUCUUCCGGAAAUGCACCGCACAGGGCCCAUCUACUGCUUCGGAGUGGUGAUGCUGUUCCCCUUUCACUCGUUCCUGCAGCUCCCUGACAGCACCGCCACCGUACUCACCUGGAUCAUCAACCUGACGACCGCCGCCGGCGUGAUCAAUUACAUUGUCAUGACGACAACUUAGAACUUCUUCUUCCGCGCGUGCCGCGCGCAGGGCCUCGACCGGUCGCUGUUCCUGGGCUGGAAGCUGCUGAAGUGCACGCGGUUUGUGCGGCCGCUGGAGCGGACCUCGUGUGGGAGGCGCCGGCCAUCACUGCGUACAAGACCGAGUUGGAGACUCGACAGUCUCCGGUGGAAUUCUAGGUGGAGGUCAUGCAGCCAUUGCGGAGGAGGAAAUGGGAAUUAAAAAAGAAAGUUAUGGGUGGGUGGGUGAGUGGGACAGAACCCGAGAGAAAUACGGGAUUCUCGGAUAAGAAAGCAAAAAAAAAGGAAAAGAGAAUGCGGGGUAAAAAUUGGCGCUUAUUUUUAGUUUUAUU